GCCAACUUAAAACCUUAGUUUAAAUGUCCUAAUUAAGCCUCAGUGUCCGUUUAUGGGAAACGGUAUCGAAGCAUAUACUGCCGAGGUAGCGCCAUUGGCAAAUUGACUUCAAAUUUUUAAACCUGGUCAGUGUUCUGUUUGAUAUUUUCUUAUUGGUACUUGGUAACUUUGAUUUUUCCGUGAAUGAGAUGAAUAGAAGGAUUAUUCCCUUCUUCUAGGUACUGUGUCCUAAGCCUUGGUUUUAUCUUGGUCUUUGUGGAAUAAAAAGACUGCCGGCUCUGCAGAACAAUUGUGUACCCACCUUGCCAAGAGAUAACGAUAUUCAAAUACCUAUAACUGAAAAAAAAGAAAAGAAAAGAAACUCCUUCCCUAUUUGCUGUGGCUGUUCUUGUGCACUGUGAUGAACACUUGAAUCUGAAGCUUUUUUGAUUGCCAGCUAUGCUCAAGGCCUGUAGAGGGUGUUUAGGCAAUAAUCGAGGCUCUCACAAAGAAUCCAGAAAGAAAAAAGAAUUGGGCAGAGCUUCUUUAUCAUUGGACUUGCAGUUGCAAUCAAAGGACAUCUUUGUCCGGAUAGUUCAUGCUGGUGGGAGGGAGGAGUUGUAUCAAUAUGCAGUUACUGCGUCUCACUUGAUGGAAAAAUAUCCGGGAAUGUGCGUUGCGCGGCCGGAAGUUUUCAGAGAUGCUCAACAGUCCUUUUUAUGGCCAGAUGAGAAUUUGUUGCCUGGAAAUAAAUAUCUCAUUAUUCCAUUUUCUACUGCUCGGAAAUUGAGAAGAACACAAAUGAAGAAGGCAAAAUUCACAGGAAAUGCUGAAGGUAAAGAUGAGACGUCAGAUGUAAAUAUCACUUGGGAUGCCAGUAGAGAUAUUACAGAUGAAUCUAUUUCUUCUGCAAAGGAAUUUUACACCAAAAAAGGUAGAUCGCCAAGAGACUCGAAACGUCCUGUGAGGAGGAUUAUUUGUUCAAGGAGGCCUUUUGUGCCCCCUUUACCGAGGGCAAAAAUUAUUCGCGGACCCGGAUGGGAACCGAGUCUGACCUCUGUACAAGAAGUCUCACCAUGACUAUUUAUCUACCUGAUGACUUGCAGUACUGUGAAUUCUGGUAUGUGGCUCUUCCCAGAAGUGUUUUCUUUCUUGUUCUUUGUUCUGAGCAGUUCCCAAACAGAAAUAGAAAAUUCAGUGUUGUUUGGUUUCAAAAGAAAAGGGACACCACCACAAUAAAUUGAACAGCCUUUUGGUCA